UAAAUAUUUAUGUUGGAGUUACGAUUGAUAAAAAUAUUUUGUAGUUUAAAUUUCUGUAAUUUCUAUUAAAACAUUCAUUAUACAAUUUUUAUAAAUAAAUUAGGAAGAAUUUGAUUUCUUAAAUUAUAUUUUUAAUUUCUGACUUAACUCAUGGAUCUGUUAAAAGCGGAAAUAGAAAAGAAGAGAAAACAAAUUGAAGAAGCUAAUUUAGUUAAUGAUGGCCGCAAGUACUUUAAAAGAGCUGAUUUACUUUCUAAAGAAAGAGAAGAAUAUUUGAAAAAAUGUUCAGUUAAAAUUGAAGGAUUAGAAAACCCAGUUGAAAAUCAAACUUUUGGAGUUGGUGAUCAAAGUAGUAGUACUACAUCUGAGAAGCAUACCCUGUCAAGAAAAGAAGUUGUAAGGCGAUUACGAGAACGUGGAGAACCCAUUAUGUUAUUUGGAGAAUCUGAAUUGGAUUCUUUUAAACGUUUACGUAAAAGUGAACUUGCUGAGCCUGAAUCAAAUAAAGGUUUUAGAAAUGAUUUCCAAGAAGCAUUAGAAAAAGUUGAUCAAGAUUACUUGGAUGAGCUAAUGACAAAUCAAACAGCCGAAAAAAGUUAUAGUGAAUUAGAAAGUAUGGAAGAUGCUAUGAAAACUUAUGAAACUAUUCAGUCUAAAGCGGGUAUAUUAGGAAGAAGACGAGAUAGAACUCAAGACAUGGAAAUUAUAUUGCAACUUUUACAACUUUUAUUGAAAAUGUGGGAAGUUCAACUUAAUUCUAGAUCUGUAAAAGAAAAAGCUAGUGUUAAAGGAAAACUUGCAUUAGCUACUUACAAUCAAACUCAGCUAUACCUCAAGCCCCUUUUAAGAAAGUUAAAAAAUAGUAGUCUCCCUGAUGAUAUAUUAGAUAGUCUAACACUUAUAACUAAACAUAUGUUAGAAAAAGAUUAUCUUAGAGCCAGUGAUGCAUAUUUAGAAAUGGCUAUCGGUAAUGCUCCUUGGCCUAUAGGUGUUACUAUGGUAGGAAUUCAUGCUCGAACAGGUAGAGAGAAAAUUUUUUCUAAAAAUGUUGCUCAUGUACUGAAUGAUGAAACUCAAAGAAAGUACAUUCAAGCUUUAAAACGACUGAUGACUAAAUGUCAACAUUUCUUCCCAACAGAUCCUUCAAGAUGUGUUGAAUAUGCACCUGACACAAAAUAAAAUUUUGAUAUAUUUAUUAGUUGAAAAAUAAAUUAAAACCAUACAAUAUGUUUUAUAAAACUAGUGUAAAUACAAAGAAUUACAGUUAUAA